ACACAAAUAAAUCCCUAGAUCUAGUUUUGAUCGGUUCAUCUUCAUCGUCGGACUUAUAAUCUUGUCGUGCUCGGCUUUCAAAUUUUGGACUGCUCGGACACUCCCUGUCUUUGAAGACUCUCGUCUCGGUUUUUUUUUCUGAAAGUCUUUCAUGGCGGCGGAUCUUGAUGAUUGGCCUGUGUUGGAAGAGACUUCAUCUUCAUUUCAGCCGCCGCCACGGUCUCUCCCAAACCAGCCUGAGUUCUGGAACAGAGUAGAGGAAUCCACACGUGAAAUCAUAGAGCAUGUUCAUCCAACACUUGUGUCCGAGGAUCGAAGAAGAGAUGUUAUCGAUUAUAUGCAAAGACUCAUCAGAAUGACACUUGGAUGCGAGGUACAUUCUUUUGGAUCAGUGCCAUUGAAAACGUAUCUUCCUGAUGGAGAUAUUGAUCUCACUGCUUUUGGUGGACCGUGUCACGAGGAAGAUUUGGCACUCCAAGUUUUCACUGUACUUGAGAGAGAGGAACUUAAUCUUGGUGCACAGUUUAUGAUUAAGGAUGUGCAGUUAAUACGAGCUGAGGUUAAGCUUGUUAAAUGUCUGGUGCAGAACAUUGUGGUAGAUAUUUCUUUCAAUCAGCUCGGUGGGAUUUGCACUCUCUGCUUUCUCGAGAAGAUUGAUCACCUCAUUGGAAAGGACCAUCUCUUCAAGCGAAGUAUCAUACUCAUCAAAGCUUGGUGCUACUACGAGAGCCGUAUUCUCGGAGCUCUACAUGGGUUGAUUUCAACAUAUGCUCUAGAGACAUUGGUCUUAUACAUUUUCCAUCUCUUCCACUCAUCGUUGGAUGGCCCACUAGCAGUUUUAUACAAAUUUUUGGACUACUUCAGCAAGUUUGACUGGGAUAACUAUUGCAUUAGCCUGAAUGGUCCAGUCAACCUUUCCUCACUACCAGAAAUCGCUGCUGAGACUCCAGAAAAUGGCGGGCAAGAUCUACUGCUGACCAGUGAGUUCCUCAAGGAAUGUUUGGAGUUGUACUCUGUACCUUCAAGAGGAUUUGAGACAAACCCACGUGUGUUUCCAGUGAGGCAUCUCAAUAUUGUUGAUCCACUUAAGGAAAAUAACAAUCUUGGUCGCAGCGUUAGCAAAGGUAACUUCUAUCGCAUAAGAAGUGCAUUCACAUAUGGUGCACGGAAGCUAGGGCAAAUCUUUUUGCAGUCAGAAGAAGACAUAAGUUUUGAGCUUCGUAAGUUCUUCUCAAACAUGCUACACAGACAUGGAAGUGGCCAGAGGCCUGAUGUCCUUGAUGUUGUUCCCUACGUAAGGUUCAAUAGGUCGCAUGUUUCAACUCCCAACCAUUUCCAAGAUGGUCAAAUGGUUUAUGAGUCGGAGUCUUCUACUUCAUCUGGUGCCGCUGCUGGAAAUGGUAGACAUGACCAGGAAGACUUGUUGUAUGCAGGAGGAGCCAAUGUAUUAUUGAGUCCAGCUAGGCUUGAUGUAAGCGGAUUAGUUGUUGAAACAACCCCAUCUGUAGUAUCAGAGAGCCUCCAAAAGCUUGAAAUUUCCGAAGAUGCAAUGAAAUCUAUGGAAAGUGUCUCUCCUUUGAAUGGUAAACAUCAUGUUCUUCAUCAGAUCAGUAAUGGUGAAGUAUUAAAUGGAAAAGAGGUGGAGAAACUGCAACUUGUUGAUUCCAGAAGGGUGCAUAGUAAUGAAAAGAUGAACGACCAUGUUGGUCAUGAUGUACAUCACACCUCACGCAUGGAUCCAGUAGCUGUGAGACAAGAGGAUAUGCAUCUCCAACACUCUGGUCAUCGUUGUGUUCCGGACACCCCAAGUGUGUUGUCUGACCUCACAGGAGAUUAUGAGAAUCAGCUCAACAGCUUGCGGUAUGGCCGUUGGUGGUUUGAUUACGUCCAAAACGGUCCUCUGUCUCCACUAUCUCCCCAUGGAUGGGAAGUAGUUCGACACGCAUUGCCAUUUGGUCGGAAUGCUCCAGGACCAGGACCGGUAAACGUUAAUGGAGUUGUUCCAAGACAAGUUUUCUUUCAUAUGAACCCUCAGAUGAUUCCGAAUGCUAAUUUUGGUAUAGAGGAAUUGCCUAAGCCACGAGGAACUGGGACAUACUUUCCCAAUGCGAACUUUUACAGAGAUAGAGAUAGACCCUACUCCCCAAGAAGAAACUCACACCAAAAUAGGUCGCCACGUAACAAUGGCGGCCGUAACAUGGCACAUUUUCACUCAGAAAUGAACAACCGUGAGCAGCGAGACCAUCGUCGUCACCUUCAACAUCAACAUCAUCAUCCCAACCAAGCAAAUGGUUCUUGUGAUAUGAGUCAAGUUGAUUCAUUUGAAAGCUUCUCUGAUACCAAUGGGUCUGCAAAUCAUCAAUAUGACAAGGCUCCGGAUCCUUUUCAAGCUGAUCCACGCUCCCCUCCUGAGGGUAGUAGUCAGAGUGACCUGAGCGUUGAAGGUUCUUAUACUCAAUCUCAUCGCCGAACAUCUAUACCCUCCUCCUCCACUGAGGAAGAUCGGGUAACACCUACGCAGUCAUACUAUUUGGCGGAUGAUCACGAGUUUCCUCCCUUGUAGCUCUGAUCUGAUCUCGCAAACACACACACAUGGUCUUUAGAUCGUUAUAGGAACAAGUAUAGCUUUUCUAACUUGUUUUAUCUCCUACGCACUUUCCCACAGAAGAAAAAAAAAAGAAAAAUAUGGAACUGUUUGUUUUUUUUGGCUGUGUUUUUUCCUUUGUGUAUGUUAUUUUUGGCUGUUGCUGCUGUAGAAUUUAUCUAUGUAACUUUAUUAUCAAAGUCUCAAACUCUGUGGACAAAACCUUUGAAGAGCUUUGUAUUUUAUACGUAGACAGGUUUGUGAGUGUAUUAUAGGAUUUGUUUUUCCUAUAUAGUGUCAAUGUCACUGUUCUCUUGUCAUGACUAAUGUUGUUUCAUGUUGAUGCCUUCCGAGUUGCAUUAUUCUUCUCAGGGAUGAUAGAUAGAAUGUAUCAGAGUCUUGGGUGUAAACUUCG